AUGAGUUACGCCUAUCCACGCAACAUAGGUGGUGCUACCCUUCCUUCUUUUACAACUUCAAAACUACCGAGUAGUGUUGAUCGCUCGUGGGAUGGCCUCUUCGGGGCCGCAAAACAAUGGAUUGCAGAGGGCGUCUAUAGCCUUCGAACGGCGAGGCCUCGGAACAGACUUGAUGUCCAGAGAUCCACAACUCUCAUCUUCAAGCGUAUAUUUACAAUUGCUAAUUCGGUGAUCCUGCUAUGGGUGUUGACCUUGUGGUGGGGAGAGCGAACGGUCUUCCGAAAAAGUAUAGAGGCUUGCGCUUGGGAGAAAUGGGAAAGCUGGCCUCAAGAUGCAACACCGCAUCACGUCGCCUUCAUCGCCGACCCGCAACUCGUCGAUCCCCACACCUAUCCCGGCCGCCCAUGGCCACUCUCAACCCUGACAGUUCGGUAUACCGACCAGUACCUCCGACGGACAUUUUCAUCCAUCCAGUACGAUUUGAUUCCCGAAUCGGUGUUGUUCCUGGGUGACCUCUUUGAUGGCGGGAGAGAAUGGGCAACGAGCACGACCUCCAGUCCGGAAGAGCGUUACAAGGGUUACAAGGAUUCAUUUUGGAAGAAAGAGUAUGGUCGCUUCAUGAAGAUCUUCUUGGAUCCUUGGCUCAAACAAAAUGAGUCUCCUUUGGACGGUCGAGGUCGGAGACUGAUCGCAAGCUUGCCAGGCAACCAUGAUCUAGGGUUUGCUUAUGGGAUCCAAGAGCCUGUUCGGGAUCGUUUCGAGGCCUAUUUUGGUCAGGGUAACCGAGUUGAUGUCAUUGGAAACCAUACCUUCAUUUCGGUAGACACGGUCUCGUUGAGUGCAAUGGACCAACCAAACCCCCAGACUGGGAGCUCCAGCUCCAGCUCCAAUGACGACAGUCUCCCUCCACCUAUCUGGAAGGAGGCAGCCGAUUUUCUUGAUAAGAUGGCCGCAUACCGGGCGAAGGCUGAGAUGGAUGAACUCCGGACGCUGCAAAAACAGCCCAGUGGCAUUCAAUUCGAUUACCGCGUCGUGGAUGUAGAGGAGCCCUCCAUACAUGCCGAUCCCCCAAACACUCCUCUGCAGCUCCCUGCCAUUCUCCUCACCCAUGUCCCCCUCUACCGCAAGCCAGCCACUCCCUGUGGUCCCCUGCGAGAGCGCUACCCGCCAUCAUCGGCCACCGAGGAAUUGGAGGAAGAUGAGCCAAAUUCGCUGAGAAUUGCGGGUGGCUAUCAGUAUCAGAAUGUUCUGACUCCGACCAUAACGACCGAAGUGGUUUCCAAAGCAGGUCCCAACGUUGUGCAAGUCUACUCCGGGGAUGACCAUGAUUACUGUGAGCUGAUCCACCGAGAGUUCAACGGCUCGCCCAACGAGAUUACUGUGAAGAGUAUCUCAUGGGCGAUGGGCGUUCGAAAGCCUGGUUUUGUGAUGACUAGUUUAUGGAAUCCUCUUGACCCUCAGACGGGCGAGUCCACCCUGAAGGGGUCUUCGCCGACCAUCCAAAACCACCUCUGCCUUCUGCCCGACCAACUGGGCAUAUUCAUUUACUAUGCCUUCACCUUGUUGGUCAGCGUUGCGGUUCUGCUUAUGGCCUCAGUCUACCAUGCAUUCCUUGCCCCGGAAGCCCCGUUAUCCAAUGACUCGCUCCUUCCCCUCAUCGAAAGACGCCGAGAUUCCUCCAAGCGCCAGUACCCUACAUCCGGUAUGUCUAGUUCCACCUUGUCUGGUCCAGGCGGCCUGGCCGGUCGUGGCGGGGGUACUGUCUUACCCCGUCGUUACUCCGGCGCCCAACCUCCCCAGAUUGCUUAUUGGGCCCUAGAUCAAGAUGGUGUUAACACGACCACGUCCAAAGAUAAAAGUCUUUACCGUCCAGCGCGGGCUCAAGGAUUCCGCCAAAAAUGUGGCCACAUGGCCAGGGAAUUCGUCCAGUCCAUGCGCGCUGUUGCGAGGGUUGUUUUGCCUGUGUAUUUCUUUUUGAUCUGGCGCUGGUAG